AUGAAUGUUUUUCAGAAUAGGCGAGAAAUUACUCGUACCAAUAUGUACUUCAUCUAUUUCGCUUUCUUCUUCCUCCAACUAAGCAGCAUUCAAACUACGGAGACGCAAACGGAACAAACAGAGCCGUUGGAUUCAUCACUGCAAAAAUUGAGUAGAGAACAAGCGCCAGAUUUGUGCUUAUUAGCCGAGGUAGCCGCUAAAAUAUAUACAGAUGAAUUUGAAGAUCAAGAUUUAAUAGUGAAAGAAGUGGGUGCUGAAAGAAAAAGAAAAAGUACGGAAGAAAUCCCAGGGAAGGAACUGAAAAGGAAUAAACCGCAGUGUGCUCCAUGGCAAAAUGAAGUAGCAAGUAAGGAAGAUGUGGAAGCUAAUACCAGUAAGAAGCUUCACAUUUGUCCGACAUGCAACAAAACCUUCUCUUAUCCAUCAAAGAUGAUAGUUCAUAUGAGAUCUCAUACUGGUGAGAAGCCGUACGAUUGUCUCACAUGCAACAAAAGCUUCCCCCAUUCAUCAACUUUGAACGACCAUAUGAGAAUUCAUAGCGGUGAGAAGCCGUACGUUUGCUGUAUAUGCAACAGCAGCUUCGUUCAAUCAUCGAAUUGGAAGACACAUAUGAGAACUCAUACUGGUGAGAAGCCGUACGUUUGUCCGAUAUGCGGCAGGAGUUUCUCUCAAUCAUCAAGUGGGAAGAGACAUAUGAAAACUCAUACAGGUAAGUCUUAA